AUGUUUAUCAAUCACUUAGAAAAGAGAUUUCCUAAUUAAUUAGAAUUGGUUUAAGAAAACAACUUUAAAAAUCAAAUUUCAUUUUAAAACCUUGAUGAUUUUGCAGCUAAUUUAAUUUAGGAUGAAAAUUUAUUAGCGAGUUAUUAGAAUGAAAAAAAUAAGACAAAUGAAAAAUUUGAGGAACUAUGGAAUGUAAAUUUAAACGAACUGAAAAAAAAGAAUUAAGAUUCACUCAAAAAGUUGAGUGAAAAAGAAUUUUUAAGGGUUUUAAGUAAAUGUAAAAAAUAUAAUUUGGACUCAGAUAAAAAAGAGUAAAUAGAAUAAUUUACAAGUAAUUUGAUAAUGAAUAAGCUUGGUUAAGAUGAUUUUGAUUAAUCCUUUAAUAUAAUGCAUAAGGAUUUGACUCAAAGUAGUGUAUUUGAGAUAUUUGAGUUUAUAAAUAGAGAUAAAACAGACUUUAAGCAAAUAGAGCCAAGACCUAUAAAGGAUUGGGUGCAAAAUGAGUAUAAAGGAAAGUUUCAAAAAAUCAUAACUCAAAUAUAUGAUAUUGAAAAAACAAAAUUGAUAUCCUCACAUAUUUAACUUUCUAAUUUAGAAAUAUAGUUAAAAUGGAUCUCAAUAAGAGAUUUAGAGAAUUACUUCAAAAAUAAAGCAAAUAUAGAUUUGACUAAAUUUUGUGAAAAUAAGGACUAGAGAGAAGCAACAUUAUAAUUUUUUGAUCUUUUCAAAAUUUUCGGCUAUAGAUUUAAUACAGAUAAAUUUGAUGAAUUUUAAGAUUUAGUCAUUGCUAAAAAGGAGAAAACUAUAUUAGACUAUUUAAUUUAUCAAGAAAUACCUUUUAAGAAAUAUUAUCUAAAUAAUUAAAAUGAAUUAAAUUUCUUAGAUAGAUUGAGUAUUAGUCCUCAAACAACAACAAUUAAAGCAAGUGAAGAAUUGGAUGAGAGAACCAAUUUUAUCAUAGAUAAAAAAAUAAUUUAUAAUCAAAACACUGUGGUCAUGUUUUAAAAAGAUAAAUUUGAAAAAGAUUAUAAAUUAUUUGAUUUGAUUAUGGACUUUAAGAAUGAUUGGAAAAAUAUCUAUGAAAAAAUCUACAGGAUAAUAGAAUAAGAAUUUCGAGCAAAUGAAACUUAAUUUCAUAUUAGCAUGAUCCAAUUGAUUAUGGAUAAAGUAGAAAAGUAAAUUGAUUAAUUUAAUCAAUGUUUUUUUUAAUACGGAGCUAUUUUAGGAAAUGUUGGAUAAAAAAUAUUUUAUAAUUUUGCAAUCUUUAUUUUUUGGAGGUAUUUAUGUUAUCAAAGAUAUUAAUAAUAUAUUAAAUAUGAAAAUGAAGAACUUAGUUUAUUGAAAAAGGAAAAGUUUGAUAAAUUUAUGGCAGAUAUUUAACAAAAUUAAAGUAUGUAAUCACUGUUAAAUGGAAAAGCCAUUUCUAAAUUGAUUAUUGAUUAAUCAAUUAAGUAACAUUAAAUUAAUCUUAUAAAUGAUGCCUAUAAAGAAUUAGAUCAAUUAGUAAAUGAUCCUAAAAUGUAAUCUUAUUAUUUAAUUAAUGAUCUUGAUGAAAAAUUAUUUAAUUAAAAAGAAAAAUAAAAUUCUUAUAGCUAAACUCAGAAAUACAUUGACAAUCCUGUUAAGUUUAUUGAGGAUGAAGUUACUAAAAGAACUGGAAAUAUGAGAUAAUAAUUUGUAGAGUAAUAUAGUCAAAAAUUAAGAGAGAAUGUGAAUAAGGAUUUAUCUUUGAUUCUUUCAAAAUUGUCGAAAAUACAAGGAUAAGCUAUUGAAAAUUAAAAAGCUACCGAGUUCUUCAUCUAAUUAAUAAAUCCUUAAGAUGCUCCAAAAAUUUUAUAUCAAAUAGUUAUGAAAUAUUUGGUAGGAAAUUUAUCUAAAGAAGAUUUAGAUAAUAUAUAAGAUAAAUUUAAGAGCAUUUUUUAAAUUUCGAAUGAUCAGUGUAAAAUAGCUGAAUAAUUGUUAUAAGCAAAAGAUUAAAGAAUAAACAUUUUAUCAGAUUUUGUUUCAGGAUUCAUCAUUGAAGUAAAAGAAUAAAUUCAAUAACUCAAAGUCUCAAAUUAUUUUAUCGAAUAGUACAUUUAAAAAAUAAGAUAUAAUUUGAUUGGAUGUAGAGAAUGUUGUCCAACUUGUAAGAGAAAAUGUGAUAUAGAUAUAAGUAAAGUUGAUCAUAAACAUGAAUGCAGAAAUGAGCAUGCAAUAAGAGGUAUGGCUGGCAUUCUUGUAGAGUAAGAGCCUUCCUUGUAUUCAUGCAAAGAGAUUAAACAUGACUACUUAGUUUAGGAAUUUGAUUCAAGUUAUCAUUCUUUUUAUAUGAGAGAUAUUAGAGAUAUGUUUAAAGAUUGGGAUAUUCAAGAAAGGUGUAGUGAUAAAAAAACAAAUGAUAAGUUUAAUGUAAUAUGGAAUAAUAUUGGUAAAGAUUAUUGUUGCUAUCGAUUUGGAAGAAGCUUUACUUUUAAUGAAAAACAAAGUAAUUUAAAGGAAAACUAAUAAAGCUAUCAUUAUGUGAUUUUAUUAGAUGAUUCUGGAUCUAUGUCAGGAGAUAGAUUUAAUUAAGCAUAAAAUGGAAUACUUUCAUUUUUAUAAUAAGCAUAAUAGAAUUAGAAUAUAAGAGUUACCAUCAUAAUCUUCAAUAGUACUGCUAGAUGUGUAGUAGACUGUUCACCUAUAAACAUGCAAACUAUAAAAAAUGUAUUAGUAUGUAAUGAUGGAGGUACUAGCUUUUAAAGUGCUUUCUAAUUAGCUUAUGAAAAACUUCAAGCUGUAAGAAACUUUGAUUAAUUCAAUAAGUAAAUAUUUAAUUAAAUCUAGACAUAUCAUAUUUUUUUAUACUGAUGGUGAAGAUUCAUAUCCUACUUAGGCAUUGGAGUAGUUUGCAAGAAUGUCAAAUUCAUAGAGAAUGAAAAUAGAUUUGAUUGCUUGUUGUCUUGAUAAAUAAUAAAAGACAAUGAUUGACAUUACUGAUUUCUUUAACAGAAAUUGCUCCCUUGGAAAAUUGCAAGAUUCAAUGUAACCUUCAGAAAUAGGAGAAGCUUGGACUAAGUAAAUAAGAACAAUUAUAGUAUGA